GUCGCUCGUGCAGCUGAGCGCAUACCAUGAGGAUUCUUCAUCUCGUUGCCUUUUUGGCUGUUCUGGUAACGGCCGUAGUCGCCUGGACCAAGGAGGACCAUGAGAUAUUCGACUUGGUCAGCGCGAUAGAGUCGACCGAGGGCAAGGGGACGACCUUCUACUCUUGGUUGAACAUUCCGCCUACUGCGACUACGAAUGAAGUCUCGAAGGCGUACAGGAAGAAGAGUCUGCAGUUGCACCCGGACAAGAACAAGGGUGUGAAGAACGCGCACGAACGUUUUGCACGACUGGGUGUAGUCGCUGCCAUUCUGCGAAACGCGGAGAAACGCGAACGCUACGACUUUUUCUACAAGAACGGAGUGCCCAAAUGGAGGGGCACCGGCUACUACUAUUCUAGAUUCCGACCUGGAAUCGGGACUGUUCUUUCUUUCUUGGUCAUUCUGACUUCGGGGCUACAAUAUUUGGUUCAGAAAAUGAACUAUAAUCGGGAUGUGAAGCGUGUCCAACAGAUCAUGGACCAGGCUCGUGCUGUUGCUUGGGGUACGAAGGGGACGCCCAUAGAAGGCCAGCGAAAGGUUAAAGUCAACCUUGGUGGCGGGGCGCGGAUGGACGACGACGGCAAUGUCGUAGCGGGUCGGUGGCUGGAUCUGGUCGUGGAAGGAGAGAGCGUGUUUAUUCUGGAGCCCGACGGCAGCCUGCUGCCUGUGGACAGUGACACCGCCGUAGCCCCAUCGAUCAAGGGGACGUGGUUCCUGUCCCUUGUGACUAGCCUGGUGCAGAAAGUCGGCAAACGCGAUGGAGCCAAGAUUAACGGCGCUAGCACGGAGCCGGAGGGCGCAGGGGAAGACAGCGACGGGGGAUCUGGGACGGCGUCGGACGCCCCUGGGAGCGGUACAGUCACGCCGAAGGAGGGCGGGGGCGCGAGAAAUGGGCGGGCGGCGGCGACGUCCAUGGCGGGCGGGCGGAGGCGGAAGGCAGUGGCGGCGCGGCGAAAAUGAUGGAUCGGGGGGCGGGGGCGGCCGUCCGUCGCAGUCCUUAUCUCCACGGUUGGACGUGUGCCCUGUGGGUGAACAGAGCGCGCUGGUGGGAGCCAAUCACAUUCGCUCCGUUAAG